AUGCCGCGCGACGACACCACCCGCUUCCGCGACGGCGACGGGAACCCCAUCCACCACUUGUUCGGCGUGUCCAGCUUCAGCGAGUACACCGUGGUGGACGUGACCCAGGUCGUCAAGGUCGACCCCGCCGUGCCGCCGGCCACCGCCUGCCUCCUCAGCUGCGGCGCCACCACCGGCGUCGGAGCGGCAUGGAAGCUGGCCAAGGUCGAGCCGGGAUCUUCGGUCGCUAUCUUCGGCCUCGGCGCCGUCGGAUUGGCGGUGGCUGAAGGCGCCAGGAUUUGUGGGGCGUCGAAGAUUAUCGGCGUGGACUUGAACCCCGAUAAAGAAGAGCUCGGAAAGAAGUUUGGCGUGACGCAUUUCAUCAAUCCAAAAGAGCUUGGGGAGAAAACUGUGAGCCAGGUGAUCAUCGAGAUGACCGACGGCGGUGCCGACUACUGCUUCGAGUGCAUCGGGCUGGCGGCGCUGAUGAACGACGCCUUCCAGAGCUCCCGGGCGGGAUGGGGCAAGACGAUCAUCCUCGGGGUGGAGAUGCACGGCGCCCCUCUCACCAUAUCUUCGCUGGAGAUCCUCCACGGGAAAUGCGUCAUGGGGUCGCUCUUCGGAGGGGUGAAGCCCAAGCAGGACAUUCCAAUCCUCGCCGACAAGUACCUGAACAAGGAGCUGGAGCUGGACAAGUUCAUAACCCACGAGGUUGGCCUCAAGGACAUCAACACGGCGUUCGACCUGCUGCUGCAGGGGAAGAGCCUCAGGUGCACCAUAUGGAUGGACAAGUGA